AAUGUGUUCUGUUCUUGCCUUUUAGCUGAACAUGUUCUCUGCCACGAAGUGCUCUGGAGUUUUCAGAGCUGUCAGACUGCAUCAUUUCAGAUCCUAUUCUGUAUCCAGAGCCUCUCCAAACUUGACUUUCGUGCCAGCCUGUCUUCCCCCGGAUCCCAUGGAAGUGGAGGAGCUGCAGCACUUUGUUUCUAACUCCAAGAGGCUGUUUGUAAUGACUGGGGCUGGAAUCUCCACGGAGUCAGGGAUCCCCGAUUACCGCUCUGAGGGCGUUGGGCUCUAUGCCAGGACAGACAGACGGCCCGUCCAGCACGCCGAGUUCAUCCGCAGCGCCAGCGCCCGCCAGCGCUACUGGGCAAGGAACUUCGUGGGCUGGCCCCAGUUCUCCUCCCACCAGCCAAACAAGGCACACCUGGUACUGAGAGAGUGGGAAAAGCUGGGCAAGCUGCACUGGCUGGUGACCCAGAACGUGGAUGCCCUUCACACCAAAGCCGGGAGCCAGCGCAUGACGGAGCUGCACGGCUGCACACACAGGGUUUUCUGCUUGGCCUGUGGAGACCGAAUCUUGCGUUCUGAGCUCCAGGAGCACUUUGAAGCUCUGAAUCCCACUUGGAAAGCUGAGGCACUUGAUGUGGCUCCGGAUGGGGAUGUCUUCCUGACAGAUGAGCAGGUGCGCAAUUUCCAAGUCCCAGCCUGCCGGAAAUGUGGUGGAAUCCUGAAGCCUGAUGUGACCUUCUUUGGAGAUACAGUGAGCCAGGAAAAAGUCAGGUUUGUACACCAACGCCUGGCAGAAUCAGACUCCAUGCUGGUAGCAGGAUCCUCUAUGCAGGUGUACUCUGGUUACAGGUUUGCUCUGGCUGCCCGGGAGAAGAAGCUGCCAAUUGCAGUCCUUAACAUAGGGCCCACCAGGUUAGAUCACUUUGCAUCCUUAAAGCUGAAUUCCCGCUGUGGAGAGCUGCUGCCUUUGAUAGUUUGCACAUGACCCAACCAGCUGAGCUUCAGUAGCUGUCAGGAUUAAAGUUAUUUUUACAAGGACUCAUCUCAGAAAGGGGAAAAUUCCGAGAGGCAACUGUGAGAUCCAGUGCUGAGGGCACCAGGAGAGGGCAGCAAGCCUCACACGUGUCAGCCUCACCAGUUCUCUCCAUUGAAACUAUCUCCAGAUAGCAAGAAACAGAAUGAUGAUGGAAAAAAAGUGCUUUUCUGCCUUACCUUGCUGUUGUAAACAAAGCCUUUUCAUUCAUUGGGAUAGAAUAAUUGGACUACCAUGUCUGAGGACAAAAUAUCUUUCUUAUAAUUGUUCCCAGAGGAGAAGGGAGGGGACAGGGAUUUUUAACCAGGUAAUUUGAGGCUGUAGCACAGGAGGGCGAUAUGGGAAAGCAGGACACUGCUGGGGUAUCCAGUGUCACUGGUGGGAUACUGUACAGUGUGCAAAGAGGAAAAGGAGGCAAGAGGAACUGCAGUUAUCACUUAAAAGGAAAAAGGUUCAAAAUAGAAGCUGCACAAGAACACUGCUCUUAUAACAGAUUAUUUGGAAGUACAGGCUAUAAGGCUGACGUCUUCCAGCAUGGAGGGGAAGUCAGCAUUUCUCUCAACUCAGAAGUUGACAAGCUAAACUGCUUCCAAUCCAACCCCUUUAAAAAUUAAAUAUUGUUCAGAUGCCAGAGGAGUUACUUUAAGCUAAUCUGAUGAGCACUACUUUCAGUGAGGCUGCUACAUUUUCCAGAAUGCACUUUUUGAAGAUGUUGUUUAAUUAAUGAAUAGCUAAGGAAUCAAUUAAAAUUGUUUAGAAGACUGAGA